CGGACCAGCUGCGCGCGGAGGAGCGCGAGGCCGAGCGGGAGGCGAGGAAAGUGAGUCGGGACAUUGACCGCAUGCUCCGCGAACAGAAGCGGGAUCUGCAGCGGACGCACCGGCUCCUGCUCCUGGCAAGGAAGAGAAGCUGUCGCAGGACCCACACGUAUCUACAACUCUCUAUUGCUUUUUGUGCAAGUUCCUAACUGUGCCUGACGUCCAUCCGAGCGGGCAGGCAUGGGCUGUCUGGGCAACAGCAAGACAACAGAAGACCAGGGAGUCGAUGAAAAAGAAAGACGCGAGGCCAACAAAAAGAUCGAGAAGCAGUUGCAGAAGGAGCGCCUGGCAUACAAAGCGACUCACCGCCUUCUGCUACUGGGGGCUGGUGAAUCUGGGAAAAGCACUAUCGUCAAACAGAUGAGGAUCCUGCACGUCAAUGGGUUUAAUCCUGAGGAGAAGAAACAGAAAAUUCUGGACAUUCGGAAAAAUGUUAAAGAUGCUAUUGUGACGAUUGUUUCAGCGAUGAGUACUAUAAUACCUCCAGUUCCACUGGCCAACCCAGAAAACCAAUUUCGAUCAGACUAUAUCAAGAGUAUAGCCCCUAUCACUGACUUUGACUAUUCCGAGGAAUUCUUCGAUCAUGUGAAGAAACUUUGGGAUGAUGAAGGUGUGAAGGCAUGCUUUGAGAGAUCGAAUGAAUACCAGCUGAUCGACUGUGCACAAUACUUCCUGGAAAGAAUCGACAGUGUCAGCUUGGUGGACUACACCCCGACAGACCAGGACCUUCUCAGAUGCAGAGUUCUGACAUCAGGGAUUUUCGAGACCCGAUUCCAAGUGGACAAAGUAAACUUUCACAUGUUUGAUGUUGGUGGCCAGAGGGACGAGAGAAGAAAAUGGAUCCAGUGCUUUAAUGACGUCACCGCUAUCAUUUAUGUCGCAGCUUGCAGUAGCUACAACAUGGUGAUUCGGGAAGAUAACAACACCAACAGGCUGAGAGAGUCCCUGGACCUUUUCGAAAGCAUUUGGAACAACAGGUGGUUACGGACUAUUUCGAUCAUCUUGUUCUUAAACAAACAAGAUAUGCUGGCAGAAAAAGUCUUGGCGGGAAAAUCAAAAAUCGAGGAUUAUUUUCCAGAAUAUGCAAAUUAUACAGUUCCCGAAGAUGCAACACCAGAUGCGGGAGAAGAUCCCAAAGUUACAAGAGCAAAGUUCUUUAUCAGGGAUCUGUUUUUGAGGAUCAGCACGGCAACAGGGGACGGCAAACACUACUGUUACCCGCACUUCACCUGCGCAGUGGACACGGAGAAUAUCCGCAGGGUGUUCAAUGACUGCCGCGAUAUCAUCCAGAGGAUGCACCUCAAACAGUACGAGCUCCUGUGAGGCGGCCCGGCCCCUGAGCGCGCCUUCUCUCCUCAAUCAGCUGCCCCUUCCAUUCCCGGACUGCCUGUCAGCCCCAAACCGUGGUACAAAGUAGUGAGUUCCCCAGUGUCAUCUGGCUGCCCUCUGUGUCCUGCUCAGUGUCAGCUCCAUGUGUGACCACCAAGCCUCUGGCUACCUCUGUUCCCCUCAGGUUUGGUAGGUAGCUUUUCUUUUCAUUGAACAUGACCUUUCACAGCCUCGCCACCCCCACCAAUUUGUGUCACUGCAAACCGUCCACUCUCACUUGGGUGACACUGCAGUGAAAUCUCUCUGGGUGGGCACCCCUUUUAUCCAUUCAUUCAGUAAUUUACUGAUUCAUCAAGAACUUUACAGGUGGGGGAGAAACACACUUUUUCCCACGCUAUCAAGCAUGAUAGUAGAGGCACACGUGUAAUGCGGUGAGCUACUGUGCUUUCCGGUUCUAGUUUUAAGAAGCCGUAGGGGACAAGUGGCCACCCGUUCUGAGUUGCACUGGCCCAAGACUUAGAGCAGGCCCAAGCCACAGAGUGGAGAGAAAACCUUUUUUCAAUAAUAUUUAAAGUCGCUGCUAGCCUCAGGCAUUUGAAUUAGAGCUACUUUGAGCCUUUUACAUUUUGGCAGAAAACCUACCACAUUCAUUACUGCAAAGUUUGUCCCGUUUAAAAAUGAUUCUCUAGACUUUCACUACACUUGGGCAAUAGUCUCCUUUCAUAUAUUCUUUUGUUGUUGUUUUAUUGCUGGUUUAUAAUACUGUACAGACCACAAAAUGUAAUAUUAUUUUGUAUAACCAACUACUAAAGAAAACUUCUUGCAGAUCUUUGUGCCUUGCUUAUGGCUAUACCUGUAAAAGAAAUGUGUUUUUACUGUGCUGAACAGCUAAAUGUCAACAUUAUCUGCCGCUUCCUCUGAAAAAGGUAAGAAAUGGUAAUUAGAAUUUAGAAUAUUUUAUCAGGUUGGUACUUUUAAAAAUACUCCUUGAUUAAACAUAUAUACACAUAUGA